AACCCUCCAGUGUCCAGAACCCCAACGCCAUCCACUCUGCGAGGGACGACUUCCUGAAAGUCUACUGGCGUCAUGCGUCUGGAGACUUGGACCGUUACGAGGUGGUCAUUAAGUACAACAAGACGGUGGUCCAGAACCAGACGGUGGCGCGGUCGCAGAACGACUGUGUGUUCAGCUCCCUGGUCCCUGGGAGGCUUUAUACGGUCACUGUCAGCACCUGGAGCGGAGAGUACCAGUCCACUGUUUCUACUGACGGAAGAACAUUCCCCUCUGCGGUGCGGAGCCUGGCCCUGGGUGACAGUGGUACAGGUGAUCUAGUGGUCACAUGGUCUCCAGCGCUGGGGGACGUUGAUCACUACGAGGUCCAGAUUCUCUUCAACGACACGCGGGUUUACCCGCCCGUAACCCUGGGCAACGAGGCCCGUGACCACCGCCUGGCCUCGCUCACCCCGGGACGCCUGUACAAGAUCGUGGUGUCCACCUUCAGCGGACCCAACCAGAGACCGCAGUUCAUCGAGGGCAGGACAGUCCCCAGCCAGGUGAGGAACCUCCAUGCCCGGCCAGGGGACCAGGCUGCCAGUCUGAGGGUGUUCUGGACCCCUGGUGAUGGGGACGUGGACAUGUACACCGUGUCCCUAUCCCAGGGAGGACACCUUCUGGAGACCAGACCUGUCCCCAAACACGUCACUGAGCUGGACUUUCAGGGUCUGGUACCAGGACAGCUGUACGGGGUCGAGGUUCAGUCCCUGAGUGGAAUACUGGUCAAUCAUUCAACUACUACUGGACGAACAGUCCCCUCCACAGUGACAGCGCUCCAGGCAGACAGUGACCACACCACCCACAGUCUAACAGUGACCUGGGAGACUCCAGUGGGAGUGUACGAGGGUUAUAAGAUCCAGCUCCUGGAUGAUGGACGUGACCUAGUCUCUAAUAUUUCCAUGCCCCAGGGCUCCACCAAGCACCUCUUCGACCAGCUGACCCCUGGGAAGUGGUACCGGGUUCGGGUCGUAUCUGUCAGUGGAGGGAUCUAUGGCAAGGAGGCCGUGACUGAGGGACAGACACGUCCAGCUGCAGUCAACGGUCUGACCGUGAUGACUGCCAACACCAGCGGUCUGAGUUUCAUCUGGCGCCCGUCCGAGGGCUACGUGGACGGUUACGACCUGUUCCUGUAUAACGUUGACGAGACGUUGCGUGGCCGUCAGACCGUGGAGGCCGGGACCCAGACGUGCUCCUUCUCUGGUCUGGUCCCAGGGACGCUGUACAAGAUGGAGGUGGUGAGCAGGAGCAGAGGAAUGAGCAGUGACUCAUCUAUCCUAGCACGGACAGUCCCAGCCCCAGUGCGCUCUCUCCACGUCCAGGGUGGUAAGCGCACUGAUCGUCUCUCCGUCAGCUGGCUGCCUGGGGCAGGGGAGUGGAGUGGGUACCAAGUGGUCCUGUACGGUGGCCUGGAGGGCUCAACCACUACCCUGGCAGCCCAGGAGCUGGGCAUGGAGCAGAGAGAACACCUGUUCCAGGGACUGGUACCUGGCCGUGUGUACCGGGCUGAGGUGGUCACACACAGUGGAGAGCUGACUAAUACUGCGUCUGCAAAGGGAAGAACGGCCCCAGAGCCUCCCUCCAUGGUAUCCUUCAGAGACAUCAGUGCUAACAGCUCUGUAGAACUGACCUGGGAUGGUCCCGCUUCUGGUGACUACGACACCUUUGACCUCCAAUGGGCUCCCAGAGAUUCCCUGUCAAUCACAGCGCCUCAGCCAACCAGCCGCAUCCUGGAUGGGAUGUUCCCGGGACGACUGUACAACUUCACCAUCCGCACUGUCAGUGGGGGAGGAGCCAAGGGAGGGCCUAUCGCCAACAGCCAGCCAAUCCAGAGGAGCCUCAGAACAAACCCAUCCAGACUGCGGAACAUGCAUUGCUUCCCCCAGAGUUCCUCAUCCAUCUCCUGUUCCUGGACCUUCCCUGACUCACACUGGGACUCCUAUACCGUGGAGGUGCGUCAGCAGGACAGCUGGGAGCUGGUGUACGCCCUGCGUCUGGCCCGGGAUAGUACCUUACUGAGCCUGGAGAACCUACAGCCUUACAGGAGCUACAACGUGGCUGUCAGAGUGGCCUCCGCUGGACUCAGCAGCCCCGCCGUGGAGGAGAACGUGGUCACCAUGAUCGACCGUGAGUAACUACCUGUACCGGCUGACAACCGGAGUUCUAUCAUAGACCCCAUCCAAGAGUUUCUCUGCUGUAAGAUCCAGACCCACAAUCACCAUGACAACAAACCAAUUCACCACACAGAACCACCACACCAGAUGACACAAAAACAACAUCCGAGUGACACAAUGGUUGGUGGGAUUUAGCUGUCCCAACACGCACUCACUGCUGACAUGUGACCUGUUACAUGACAUGUUAAAUGACCUGUUAAAUGACCUUCUAAAUGACCUGUUAAAUGACCUGUUAAAUGACCUGCUAAAUGACCUGUUAAAUGACCUGUUAAAUGACCUGUUAAAUGACCUGUUAAAUGACCUGCUAAAUGACCUGUUAAAUGACCUGCUAAAUGACCUGUUAAAUGACCUGUUAAAUGACCUGAUAAAUUACCUUCUAAAUGA